CUCGCGCUCUCGCCGCUUCUGCCGGCUCGCCCGGCCCCGCGCUCCGCCGUCUCCUCGCCGCCCGCCCCUCCGCCAGCCCCGGGGACCGCGCGGCCGCAGCCUGAGCCAGGGCCCCCUCCCUCGUCAGGACCGGGGCAGCAAGCAGGCCGGGGGCAGGUCCGGGCACCCACCAUGCGAGGCGAGCUCUGGCUCCUGGUGCUGGUGCUCAGGGAGGCUGCCCGGGCGCUGAGCCCCCAGCCCGGAGCAGGUCACGAUGAGGGCCCAGGCUCUGGAUGGGCUGCCAAAGGGACCGUGCGGGGCUGGAACCGGAGAGCCCGAGAGAGCCCUGGGCAGGUGUCAGAGCCGGACAGGACCCAGCUGAGCCAGGACCUGGGUGGGGGCACCCUGGCCAUGGACACGCUGCCAGAUAACAGGACCAGGGUGGUGGAGGACAACCACAGCUAUUAUGUGUCCCGUCUCUAUGGCCCCAGCGAGCCCCACAGCCGGGAACUGUGGGUAGAUGUGGCCGAGGCCAACCGGAGCCAAGUGAAGAUCCACACAAUACUCUCCAACACCCACCGGCAGGCUUCGAGAGUGGUCUUGUCCUUUGAUUUCCCUUUCUACGGGCAUCCUCUGCGGCAGAUCACCAUAGCAACUGGAGGCUUCAUCUUCAUGGGGGACGUGAUCCAUCGGAUGCUCACAGCUACUCAGUAUGUGGCGCCCCUGAUGGCCAACUUCAACCCUGGCUACUCCGACAACUCCACAGUUGUUUACUUUGACAAUGGGACAGUCUUUGUGGUUCAGUGGGACCAUGUUUAUCUCCAAGGCUGGGAAGACAAGGGCAGUUUCACCUUCCAGGCAGCUCUGCACCAUGACGGCCGCAUUGUCUUUGGCUAUAAAGAGAUCCCUAUGUCUGUCCCGGAAAUCAGCUCCUCCCAGCAUCCUGUCAAAACCGGCCUAUCGGAUGCCUUCAUGAUUCUCAAUCCAUCCCCGGAUGUGCCAGAAUCUCGGCGAAGGAGCAUCUUUGAAUACCACCGCAUAGAGCUGGACCCCAGCAAGGUCACCAGCAUGUCGGCCGUGGAGUUCACCCCAUUGCCGACCUGCCUGCAGCAUAGGAGCUGUGACGCCUGCAUGUCCUCAGACCUGACCUUCAACUGCAGCUGGUGCCAUGUCCUCCAGAGAUGCUCCAGUGGCUUUGACCGCUAUCGCCAGGAGUGGAUGGACUAUGGCUGUGCACAGGAGGCAGAGGGCAGGACGUGCAAGGACUUCCAGGAUGAGGACCACGACUCAGCCUCCCCUGACACUUCCUUCAGCCCCUAUGAUGGAGACCUCACCACUACCUCCUCCUCCCUCUUCAUCGACAGCCUCACCACAGAAGAUGACACCAAGUUGAAUCCCUAUGCAGGAGGAGACGGCCUUCAGAACAACCUGUCCCCCAAGACAAAGGGCACUCCUGUGCACCUGGGCACCAUCGUGGGCAUCGUGCUGGCAGUCCUCCUCGUGGCGGCCAUCAUCCUGGCUGGAAUUUACAUCAAUGGCCACCCCACAUCCAAUGCUGCGCUCUUCUUCAUCGAGCGUAGACCUCACCACUGGCCAGCCAUGAAGUUUCGCAGCCACCCUGACCAUUCCACCUAUGCGGAGGUGGAGCCCUCGGGCCAUGAGAAGGAGGGCUUCAUGGAGGCUGAGCAGUGCUGAGAACACCAAGUCUCCCCUUUGAAGACUUUGAGGCCACAGAAAAGACAGUUAAAGCAAAGAAGAGAAGUGACUUUUCCUGGCCUCUCCCAGCAUGCCCUGGGCUGAGAUGAGAUGGUGGUUUAUGGCUCCAGAGCUACUGCUCGCUUCGUCAGCACACCCCGAAUAUUGAAGAGGGGGCCAAAAAACAACCACAUGGAUUUUUUAUAGGAACAACAACCUAAUCUCAUCCUGUUUUGAUGCAAGGGUUCUCUUCUGUGUCUUGUAACCAUGAAACAGCAGAAGAACUAACAUAACUAACUCCAUUUUUAUUUAAGGGGCCUUUACCUAUUCCUGCACCUAGGCUAGGAUAACUUUAGAGCACUGAGAUAAAACGCAAAAACAGGAAUCAUGCCGUUUGCAAAACUAACUCUGGGAUUAAAGGGGAAGCAUGUAAACAGCUAACUGUUUUUGUUAAAGAUUUAUAGGAAUGAGGAGGUUUGGCUAUUGUCACAUGACAGACUGUUAGCCAAGGACAAAGAAGUUCUGCAAACCUCCCCUGGAACCUUGCUGGUGUCCAGAUGUCUGCGGUUGUCAGCCCCUUCCUUUCCCCGACCUAAACAUAAAAGACAAGGCAAAGCCCGCAUAAUUUUAAGACGGUUCUUUAGGACAUUAGUCCACCAUCUUCUUGGUUUGCUGGCUCUCCGAAAUAAAGUCCCUUUCCUUGCUCCAA